AGGACAUAUCAAUUCUGCCUCGGCUCACCGCCCGACAAAUGCAUCCCAAUCGCAUGGGUGACAGUCUAUUAGCAGUGUCGGCUGACGAUUACUAUGGCCUAUCACCUGUGCAACGGCUCUGCGUUAUUGGAGAGUCCUUACGGCCAACAUGCGGCGUAAGGAUCGCAGCGUGUACGCAGAGCCCUCCCGAUCCGAAAGAAUUAGUGUCUAUCGCGACUCCGAUUGCAAGGCUAUCUUCUCUGGACUUAACCACGGUCGGUUGCGCCAGCGGAAGGCUAUUGCGUCCGUCGUCCGCGAGCGCGGUCUUCGGGUCCCCGGCUUUUCUACCGAACGCUUAAUUACCAUAUUACGGUCACUUCAGAAGGAUAGGAUAUUCGAGCAUUCCUCCUAUGCUUGCAGAGCUUUCCCGGAGCUAUUCCUAGACGAAGAGCCCAUAUCACCGGCGGCCGCCUCUGCUCCACCCUCCGCGACAGUUCCGGCCCAAACCGCGAUGGCUUCCAUCGGCCGACCCCAGAAAGACCUCGUCGAAUCUUUCGAGAGGCUCUACACAACCGGGAUCUACUCAGAUCUGACGAUAUCCUCCGUUGCCAAAACCUACUCCGUCCACCGCGCUAUUGAGUCUUCCGACGGCUCGAUCCACCUUCCAGACGACGAACCAUGCGUCGUCGAUAUGAUGAUGCAAUAUUUUUACCUCCUGGACUACCGACAAUCGCUUUACACAGACAGCCUUCUACAAUCGCCAGAGCUAGAGCCAAGCAAGGCUGAAAGCAUAACUUGUCUCCUUCUACACGCCAAGGUGUAUACAAUCGCAGAAAAGUAUGCCGUUGAUGGUCUCAAGGACCUCGCCGUAGCCAAAUUCAAGGAUGCUGCUGCACAGGCUUGGGAGCCGAAUGAUUUUUUAUGUGCGGCUACCGAGGCCUACACCUCCACCAUCGAUACUGAUCGAGGUUUCCGGGACGCUGUCAUCGAGAUAUUCGCGGUACAUGAGGACCUGUUAGAUGAUGAAGAAGCCAAGACAACCAUCAAGAGCCUAGGCUCACUUCCCUAUGAUCUUCUUCUGUAUUUCCAUCGGGAAGGGAAUUUCCUUUAAUAGUACAGGAUGCCGACCAGCUCGACCUUGCUUUCAAAUGGUUGCUUUCUAGCCUUGGCGGCUGGGGGCGUGUAUGGUGGCCGCAUCAGUCGGCGACAAAAACGAUACCAUGAAUUUAACAUUCAGAUGGCUUUCAACAUGGCGCGAUGGCUGCCGUGUGACAAUUCAUCGAAAGUUGACGUUCGGUACGAGAUGCAAAUCAGAGUGUCGGGACGCGAGCCAAUACCAUAGGUUUAGCGUCAGAGACACAGCGAACUUCAAGAUGCCAAUCUAAACUGUGAGCCACAGCUCAAUGCCCUUACUUAGGGAACCACAAUCGUGUCCGUCG